AUGGUGUUGGACUUAAACGCAUUAACCCUGCACAAUUGUGUCUUGCAACUUGCUGACGGUUGUGGGGAGACCACGGUCCCGAAGUCCUGCCUCAAGCUCCUGAGCGCCUCGCUGCAACGGCUGGAUGCCAGCUGGCUGGUGAAGCCGUUCGGGAGCAGCGCCAAUGGCUUCACCACCAAGGACUCUGAUUUGGACUUGACUUGCAUCAUUCCGGGCAAGAGCCAGAAAGCUGCAUUGGAGAUUUUCUCCAACAAGAGGGCGGAGGUGGAGGAGGUGCUCAAGGCCACCCUGGGCAUCGAGGUGCUGCAGGUGAUCUGGACGGCGCGUGUGCCCGUGGUGAAGAUGAAGUUCGCGGGCUUCCUGGAGGUGGACCUCACGUUUCAAAACGUCGCCGCCCUGGUCAACACGGAUUUGCUGAAGGCAUACUCCAACAUGAGCCCGCAGCUUCGGCAGCUGGGUAUAGCUGUGAAGCGUUGGGCCAAGGCGGCGGAUGUGUCCGGAGCACCGCAAGGGAAUUUGUCGUCCUACUCCUUCACGCUCAUGGCCAUCUACUUCAUGCAGACCUGCCAUGGGCUGCCUUGCCUGCCAACCGAUGUCUUCAGCGAGGACGGCCCGGCCAUUGACCUUAGUGGCUGGCGCUGGGAGUGCGGGCUGCCACUACCCACCCUGCUGAUGCAGUUCUUCUUCUUCUACUCCGACUCCCGGCAGUUCCAGUGGGGUUCCGAGGUGGUGUCCGUGCGCAUGGGAUGCAGGCUGACCAUGGAGCAUCAGUGCUUUGCCUGGCUGGAGACCUGGAACCAGACCAACCGCCUGCACAUCGAGGACCCUUUCAUCUUGGAUAGGAAUCUGAACUGCGUGCUGGGCACAUGGCAAGAAGGCAGGCUCAAGGAGGCGCUGCAGGAUGCGGCUGCGGCCAUGACCAGUGGCAAGCUGCCCAGGUGUUUGGACAGCGGCCGCACUGAGGCCAAG